AUGUCUUCUUCCAUCGCUUUGCGCCAGGCACGCCACCUCACAACCACCGCCGCUGCCGUUGUCGCCGCCUCUUCAACUUCCACCAUCUCUAUCUCCAAAGCAAAAUCAAAGCUCAAAGCCGAGCACGACCCUGAUAAAGCGUUAGAGAUUUACUCCUCCGUUUCUGAUCGUUACGUUUCCCCUCUGUCCUCCCGCUAUGCACAAGAAUUCACAGUCAAGCGCCUCGCUAAGUCAAACCGUUUCUCCGACAUCGAAAAUUUCCUCGAAUCUCACAAGAAUAGCCCCAAAAUUACCCAAGAGCCUUUUCUUUCAUCCAUAAUCCGUUCAUAUGGAGUCGCCGGCAUGUUUGAUCACGCACUCAAAAUUUAUCAUCAGAUGGAUGAUUUAGGCACCCCCAGAUCAGCUAUUUCCUUCAAUGUGCUUUUAUCAGCUUGUGUGCGCUCAAAACUAUAUGAUCGUGUCCCCCAGCUGUUUGAUGAAAUUCCAGUGAAGUAUGGAUUUUUACCUGAUAAAGUGUCGUACGGUAUACUGAUUAGGUCAUAUUGUGAAAUGGGGUCGCCGGAAAUGGCAAUGGAAAGACUCAAGGAGAUGGAGGAGAAAGGUGUGGAGAUCACAACUGUUACUUUCACUACUAUACUACAUUCAUUCUACAAGAAAGGGAAGAGUGAUGAGGCGGAGAAGGUAUGGAACGAGAUGGUGAACAGAGGGUGUGGUCCAGAUGUUGGUGCAUACAAUGUGAAGAUUAUGAACAUUCAGGGUGGUGAUCCGGAGGGGGUGAAAGCCUUAAUUGAGGAAAUGAGCGAUGCUGGAUUAAAACCUGAUACGAUUAGCUACAAUUACUUGAUGACUUGUUAUUGUAGGAAUGAAUUGAUGGAUGAGGCACAGAAGGUUUAUGAUGAUCUGGAGAAAAACAGGUGCAAUCCAAAUGCUGCAACUUUUAAGACUUUAAUCUUUUAUUUGUGUAAGAAGGGAAGGUUUGAGACGGGUUAUAAGGUGUUCAAGGAGAGUGUGAAAGUUCAAAAGAUCCCAGAUUUCAAUACACUCAAGUAUUUGGUGGAAGGGUUGGUGAAGAAAUCAAAGUUGAAAGAUGCAAAAGGGAUGAGUAGGACUGUGAAGAAGAAGUUCCCUCCUAACUUGGUAAAAGAUUGGACCAAGUUAGAGGAGGAGCUUGGUUUGGCUAAAGCUGAAGCCCCUGAUAAUAGAGUCCAAUAAGACUAGUUUGACUUUAUAGGUGGAUGUUUUCGGACGAUUUUGUUAGCUUGAAGUGUUUAUACUCAUUUCCAUUACUUAGAGGACUUUUAGAUCAUUGAAUUUCUCUUGUUUAUC